GGGCUGAUGGCUAUGAAGGUGGCGCCGGUGGAUGGUUGACCGGUCGUUGGAUCCAGGGUAGGGGUCGCCGCGCGUGCGAUCGGCUCACACAGGACCAGAGGGCGCGGACUGCUGCAGCUCAACCUGGAACCCACCAGCGAGACCAGGCUCCGCCCGGCCAUGCCCGCCGGGAGCAACGAGCCGGACGGCGUCCUCAGCUAUCAGAGACCAGAUGAGGAAGCUGUGGUGGAUCAGGGUGGGACCAGCACGAUUCUCAACAUUCACUAUGAGAAAGAAGAGUUGGAAGGUCAUAGAACUCUGUAUGUGGGGGUUCGGAUGCCACUGGGGAGGCAGAGCCAUCGUCACCACCGAACUCAUGGCCAGAAGCACCGGAGACGAGGAGGGCGGGGCAAAGGAGCCAGCCAGGGCGAGGAGGGCUUGGAAGCCUCCGCCCACGACACCCCGUCUCAGCGCGUACAGUUCAUUCUUGGCACUGAGGAAGAUGAGGAGCACGUUCCUCAUGAGCUGUUCACAGAGCUGGACGAGAUCUGUAUGAAAGAGGGGGAAGAAGCCGAAUGGAAGGAAACGGCCAGGUGGCUGAAGUUUGAAGAGGACGUGGAGGACGGGGGAGAGCGCUGGAGCAAGCCUUACGUGGCCACACUUUCUCUGCACAGCCUGUUUGAGCUGAGGAGCUGCCUCAUCAAUGGCUCCGUCCUCCUGGACAUGCGCGCAAGCAGCAUAGAGGAGAUCUCAGACCUGAUCCUGGACCAGCAGGAGCUGCUCCGGGACCUGAGCGACAGCGUGCGGGUUAAGGUGCGGGAAGCCUUGCUGAAGAAGCAUCACCAUCAGAACGAGAAGAAGAGGAACAACCUCAUCCCCAUCGUCCGCUCCUUUGCCGAGGUCGGCAAGAAGCAGUCUGACCCGCAUUCCAUGGACAGAGAUGGGCAAACCGUGUCUCCUCAGUCUGCUCCAGCUACCAACCUUGAAGUGAAGAAUGGUGUGAACUGUGAACACAGCCCUGUGGAUCUAAGCAAGGCGGACCUCCAUUUCAUGAAAAAGAUUCCCGCAGGGGCAGAGGCCUCCAAUGUCCUGGUUGGCGAGGUGGACACUCUGGACCGGCCCAUCGUCGCUUUCGUGAGGCUCUCCCCGGCCGUGCUCCUCUCUGGACUGACAGAAGUGCCCAUCCCAACGAGGUUUUUGUUUAUCUUACUGGGUCCGGUAGGAAAAGGGCAGCAGUACCAUGAGAUUGGCAGAUCCAUGGCCACCAUCAUGACGGAUGAGAUUUUUCACGAUGUGGCGUAUAAAGCGAAAGAACGGGAUGAUCUCCUGGCUGGGAUCGAUGAGUUCCUGGAUCAAGUGACGGUGCUCCCACCAGGGGAGUGGGACCCGUCCAUUAGAAUUGAGCCACCCAAGAAUGUCCCUUCCCAGGAAAAAAGGAAGAUGCCUGGCGUUCCAAACGGAAACAUUUGCCACGUAGAACCUGAGCCACAUGGGGGACACAGCGGGCCGGAACUUGAGCGGACGGGGCGGCUGUUUGGGGGCUUGGUGCUGGAUGUCAAACGGAAGGCUCCCUGGUACUGGAGUGACUACCGGGAUGCUCUCAGCUUACAGUGUCUGGCCUCCUUCCUGUUCCUGUACUGUGCCUGCAUGUCGCCUGUUAUCACCUUCGGGGGACUGCUGGGAGAAGCCACGGAAGGACGCAUAAGUGCAAUCGAAUCGUUGUUUGGAGCCUCCAUGACGGGGAUUGCCUACUCUCUGUUUGCUGGGCAGCCUCUCACCAUCCUGGGAAGCACGGGCCCUGUGCUGGUGUUUGAAAAGAUUUUGUUCAAAUUCUGCAAGGACUACGCCCUUUCAUACCUCUCCUUGCGUGCUUGUAUCGGGCUGUGGACCGCCUUCCUGUGUAUUGUCCUGGUGGCGACUGAUGCCAGUUCCCUCGUCUGCUACAUUACCCGCUUCACCGAGGAAGCCUUUGCCUCCCUGAUUUGCAUUAUUUUCAUCUAUGAAGCCAUAGAAAAGCUGAUUCACCUGGCCGAGACCUACCCCAUCCACAUGCACAGCCAGCUGGACCACCUGAGCCUUUAUUACUGCAGGUGUGCGCUCCCCGAGAAUCCCAACAACCACACCUUACAGUACUGGAAGGAGCACAGCAUCCCGACUGCAGACGUGAACUGGGCAAACCUGACUGUCAGCGAAUGCCAGGAGAUGCACGGGGAGUUCAUAGGAUCGGCCUGUGGUCACCAUGGGCCCUACACGCCUGACGUGCUCUUCUGGUCCUGUAUUCUGUUCUUCGCUACCUUCAUCGUCUCAAGCACCUUGAAGACGUUUAAGACGAGCCGCUACUUCCCAACGAGGGUUCGCUCCACGGUGAGUGACUUCGCUGUGUUCCUCACCAUCUUUACUAUGGUGAUCCUAGACUUUCUGAUUGGCGUCCCCUCGCCCAAGCUUCAGGUCCCCAGCGUGUUCAAGCCAACGAGGGAUGAUCGAGGAUGGUUCAUUAGUCCCAUCGGCCCCAAUCCCUGGUGGACCGUGAUAGCCGCGAUUAUCCCAGCUCUCCUGUGCACCAUCUUGAUAUUCAUGGACCAGCAGAUCACCGCCGUCAUCAUUAACCGGAAGGAGCACAAGCUCAAGAAAGGCUGUGGCUACCAUCUGGACCUGCUCGUGGUGGCCAUCAUGCUGGGGGUCUGCUCCCUCAUGGGCCUGCCUUGGUUCGUGGCUGCGACCGUGCUGUCCAUUACUCAUGUGAAUAGCCUCAAGCUGGAAUCUGAAUGCUCUGCUCCGGGGGAGCAGCCUAAGUUUCUGGGCAUCCGAGAACAGAGAGUCACGGGCCUCAUGAUCUUUGUGCUGAUGGGCUGCUCCGUCUUCAUGACAGCGGUCUUAAAGUUUAUCCCAAUGCCAGUGCUCUACGGAGUUUUCCUCUACAUGGGAGUCUCUUCUCUACAAGGAAUCCAGUUCUUUGACCGUCUGAAGCUUUUUGGGAUGCCUGCAAAACACCAGCCAGACUUCAUCUACCUGCGGCACGUGCCGCUGCGCAAAGUGCACCUCUUCACGCUGGUCCAGCUCACCUGCCUCGUCCUGCUCUGGGUCAUUAAGGCGUCACCGGCUGCCAUUGUUUUCCCAAUGAUGGUCCUGGCCUUGGUCUUCGUGAGGAAGGUCAUGGACCUCUGCUUCUCCAAGCGUGAGCUGAGCUGGCUGGACGACCUCAUGCCUGAGAGCAAAAAGAAGAAGCUGGAUGAUGCGAAGAAGAAGGAGGAGGAGGAGGAGGCUGAGAAGAUGUUGGAUAUUGGGGGUGAUAAGUUCCCCCUGGAAAGCAGGAAGUUGCUAAGUAGUCCUGGCAAGAACAACAGCUUCAGAUGUGACCCUUCUGAGAUUAAUAUAUCAGAUGAAAUGCCUAAAACCACAGUCUGGAAGGCUCUCAGCAUAAAUUCUGGAAACACGAAAGAAAAAAGCCCCUUCAAUUGAGAGUCUCCGCUGGGUGGAAGACUUGGGCCAUGAGGUGCCUCGGAGAAGUUCUGGGCUUUGAGAAAAUGGCGAGUCUCUCCGGGAAGAAGCCGGGCUGAGUCUGGCCCUGUUCUUGGUCAUCUCGAAGCCACAUGGAAGCAUUCAGUCACUCCCGGUGUGCGUUUGGAGGGUAUCCAGCUACCCCACAUACCAGCAGCCAGGCACCAGCCAGGCCACUGUGGGGCCACCUCCUGCUGCCUCCUUUCCUCCUCCUUCUUUCUCUUCAGAGCUGCCACCAUUAAAGAGCCAGCUUCCACUUUCAGACAUUUUCUCUGAUGCUCUGCUGGCCUGGUAAUAAGCCACAUGAGUCCAUUCUGUCAUGGAGGAUUCCUUCGUGCGGUCCCUCUUCCUCAACGACAGCCCGGGGUAGUGGCAGGGAGGCAGGACAAGGGCAGGCUUACGAGCAGCCUGUGCCUCUGUCUCCCUUCUGCUUGGGAAAGGGAUGUUGGACAGACAGACACUGCAGCAGGUCUGCUACCUGAGCUCUACCAUCCAGGCAUCAACAGCAACUACUUGCCUCUGGCCUGGGGUCACCCGCAUCACCUCCAGAAGCAGUCAGUGUGAUGUCAUGAGACCAUGGGUCACCCGCAUCACCUCCAGAAGCAGUCAGUGUGAUGUCAUGAGACCAUGGGUCACCCGCAUCACCUCCAGAAGCAGUCAGUGUGAUGUCAUGAGACCAUGGGUCACCCGCAUCACCUCCAGAAGCAGUCAGUGUGAUGUCAUGAGACCUUGGGUCACCCGCAUCACCUCCAGAAGCAGUCAGUGUGAUGUCAUGAGACCUGGGGUCACCCACAUCGCCUCCAGAAGCAAUCCAUGUAAUGUCAUGAGACCCUGGAAGAUUUGGGAACAGCAUGAGAGCAGGAGUUUUGCUGAUUUCAGGAAGGGCCCAGGGGAAGCCAGCAGCGGUAGGUACUGAGUGAGCGUCUGUCCUCGGGUUUCCUUGGAAACAGAGAGGGAGGAGCCUAACUUGCUAUGGAAGGACUUGGACUUCGAGGCUGAAGUUUUGUUCUAGGUCUGUUUUGUCUAGGGAAGACUCGCUGACAACUGUUGGUUGGUAGGAAGGUGGGUCUGGGUUGUUACGGCUUUUCUGUUUGACACGCUGCUGCCAUCUCUCGAGGAGACGUUGUUAUUCCACCCUGGAGCGACCCAAGUGCUCAUGGAUGUCCCUUAGCUGCCUUAGUGGAGAGCACCAUCAUCAUCAGCCCAGAGGACCAAAACCACCAUCAGCCAGGUGGCUUCCUCACCGUGGGGUUCUUUUGGUUGACAGAAGUUCUGGCUCAGAUGUAAAAGCCACACGAAGAAGUGAACUAUAAGCGGUGAAGUCCAUUUGGAUACUUAGGUUAACAGUGUGUGUACGAUUUUUCUAAGUUCCAGAACUGUCAUCAGUUUUGUUGGCCCAAGCACUGUAGACAUCCCCUUCCUUUGUGCACAGAACGUGACCAGUGAGCUGGCUGUGCUGUUGUCCAACUGGGACAGUCUCUGUACAGAGGCCACACACAGUGUGCUGUCCUCCUUUCCUGGGUGAAGAAGCACCACAUCAUUCAGUCGCAGUUUGCUCCCUUCAGACUCCGAGGCAUCCAGUCCUCCUCUGAAGGCCUUUGGUGUCAGGGGCCACCCCACAGUGCCAGUUCCUCCCUCCCUGUCAGGACCACUGCCAUCUUGAUGCAAGACGUUUGACAAUUGGUACAGGACAGACAGGUGUCUUCUGUAAGAUAGUGGGAGGCAGUGCUUGCUGUUCAGGACCUGUGGGAUGGAUGUGACCCCACUUUCAAAUCCCAAAAUGGCCUCUGGAAUGUGGGCAAGGUUCCUGGAUUGUCUGCUCUUUCUUUACCCAGGAGAGACCUGUGUUCCAUCUCAGCAGCCGCUGUGGCCUGCUCUCAGAUAGUACGUACUGGAACAGGCAGGUUUCUUAGACAUCAGUGGGCAUUAAAGUCUCGGUGAGCCAAAUUCCCCAAGCAUAUCGCUUGAGGACAGGUCUCAUAAGCCCUUGCCCACCUUGGGUUCAGAGCCAGCCUGUCAACAGGAAGGGUUGAUUCCUUCCCUGCCCUCCAGACACUUUCUGGAGCUCAGUUGUCCCUCGCUGCUCACAUUCUCUGGAAACACCCCAUUUUCUUCCCCGACUUGUCUCUCCUCUAUCCUCCUGCCGGCUUCUGUGUAGGGAAAUGGAUGACUGCUUCCCCUGCUCUAGCCUCAGUGAGCCUGAGAGACUUGUAACAGCGAGGAGCCUGUUUUGCGAGGGAGGCUGAAAAACUGUCUCUUCCCGCUCAAGGAUGCUUGUGUUGCCUCCUGUGAGUUACUCCCUGGGCUGGAGAGUGAAGGGUGCUUUCCCUGACUCCAAAUAAUGCAGUUGUGGGACCUCAGGCCCACAUUUGCAGGAACCACCGAGGUGGCCAUCUCUUCUACGACAAGGGUCACUUUGAGACAUGUCUUGAAUGUUGCCAGCUAACAUCCUGACACGCUGGUGAUGUCAGCUGGUGAUGCAAAUGGAGUUGGGGGAGGCUGGGAUUCAAGAACAUGUAAGUGAAGCCUUGGCUCUGAGGGACAAGAUGGAGGGUUCCUAAGUGGCCGGUUGCUUCCCGAUGACCAUCAGAGAAGGGUCGCUCUAGAGAAAGGUGAAGCGUUGGAGAGACAUAAUGUGCAGUCGCCAAAUGUGUUUGGUUGUGUAACACACGGAACUUGGGAAGCUUUGUCAGGAGGCUCGGCCUUUCCAAUCCAGCUCCGUGCUGGGUCUCCUUGAUCAUGAAAACCUGCCUUCCUGAUGGAAAAUGAACCAUCUCUCUCCAAAAGACAGUGUGAGCAGUUGCAGUUUCUCAUCGGUGAUGGAGCAGACUUUUAAGUCACUCAUAAAGGUUGGGAAAAUGUGGUAUUCGCCAGGUUCCCCACCUGCCUAGACUCUGCAGAGUCUGUGGUUUAUGGUCGCUCAACAAAGGACGGUUCCUGACUCCGCUUUAUCCUCCCCCCCCCCCCCCCCCGCUUAGCUCUCCGACACCCCUCUUAGCGGGGAGGCAGGGGUUCUCCUGUGUUGUGGCUGCAGUGUUUGUCCUGCACCUCCACUUGUCUGGGCGUGCUUUAGUUCGUAAUGAGUGGCAGUGACACCGUCUCCUGUGUGUCUCCUGCCACUUUGCCAUUGUCCCUGAAGGUCUUUUGCAAGAGCAGCAGCACCUCCUCCUAGAACUUUGAAUUUUAAUGUAACUAAGUUGUAUGUGUGUGUGUGUUAGUCUUUGUUCCACGUGUAUCCUUCAAGAAAUCAGGAGGAAUCAGAUCCUCCGGAAACUCGAGUUACACAUAGUUGUGAGCUUCUGUGUGGGUGCUGGGAAUUUAGCUUAACUUGGGUGUAGCUGGUCUUUGUUACGUUGUGAGUUAUUUUCUCACCCUUUGCUCCCUCCCCCAGUUUCACUCCCUGACACUGGAUAGGGCAGAAGCGAGGAGAGAUCCCUAAAUCUAAAUUCCUUUUGUUUCUUCUUAGAGCUUGACUACUAAGAAGCCACAACCAACACCCCCCAAACCCUCCACCCUGCCCCCCAGUGACUGACUGACAACCCCCCACCCUACCUUUUGGGGGCCUGGCAUUAAUAGACCUUCUGAAAAGUUCCUGGAAUUCCCAACAUGACACAAUCUCAGAAACUGUCUGCAGCUGGCAAAACCACGCUUCUGCUAAAGCACGAGGCAGAUCAUGUCCCCUGCUGCGGACAGUCCGAAGCAGCCCCACACCCCCACACCCCCACACUUGGGGAUUAAAAUAACAUUCUUAAUAUUUCUGGUUUUUUUUAAGAAGCCAAAAUUCCAGAGUCCCUACUGUCUCCCCAUUUCUGCUUUAAGCCAUUAAUGGUGCUGUGUACCAGGAAAUUAUAAGCAUGUUUUCAAGACCUAAGUGUCCAGGACAGUGGCCAAGGUUUUCAGGAGCCCUCCCUGUUCAGUUCUAAUCUUUAACCACUGCUUUUCAGUACCUGUGGAAAUAUAAACAAUUCCCCGUCCCCGACGCGGAACUCUUGUAGGCUUCUGUCUAGUAUUAACACGUCUUUGUACUAUAUUGUAGAAAAAACAAAUCUGUUUUCCUCUCAGCCCCUGCUCCGGGAAUGGCCACUCGGAGGCUGCUAUUAAAUGCCUUGGCCACAGCGUUGGCUCAUCCCUGACUAGCUCAUAACGUAUUGAACCCACUCAAACUAUUCUAUGUCAUCCACGUGGUGGUUAGCCUGCCUCAGUCCCGGUCGCCUCUUCCUUCUCGCCUCCACAGCUCUCCUGCAUCUCCUUAUAUCCUCUCACUGUCUCCCAGAAUCCUCUCUUCCGGCCAGUGUCCCACCUCCUAUUUCUUGCCUCAGCUCAUUGGCCACUGGCAUUUUUAUUGACAAGAGAUGCUUCUUCAGCAUAUAGGCAGAUGUAAUUCCACAGUGUUUUCUAUGACCCAGUGUCUCUCAGCUGCUGUUCCUUUCUCACUAAUAUUCAGAAAAUUUAGAGUUAGAGAGCUACUGAUUCUGUUUUCUCUUUGUUUUAUAAGCGUUUAAGGUACAGUGAGAUCGAUCGUUCUACAACUGUCUGUCCUGUAGGAUUGCUUGAGUAUUAACCUGAGCAUCCCACUAUUAUAAAAGAGCCCUUCCCCAUAGACCUGGGGCAUGUCAGCCACAUGAGGUCUUAACUUUCCUGCUUCACCUCCUGGUCCCACACAUUUCACCCAUCACACACUUUGUCUUAUCUGAGAUAACUUUCCAGUUCCCAGCAACUGUGUAUAAACCUUUUGAAGUGGUCAUUCUGAAUCCCAAGAUUUUUGUGAAAUGAUAGUUAUCUCAGCUCCUGUAUCCACCAAGGCGUCUGCUUCGAUACCUUUUAUGUGAAAUCUUAGUGUUGGCCUCUGAUCGUCAACUGUUUGCCAGAACACAGGUUUCCAAAUCUCUUCUGUUCGUUCUACCGGGGUGUGGUGUAGGGAGAGAGUAGCAGCUGAGCAUCCUAUCACCUGCAUCAAGUCAGUCUCUCCCCCCCCCCCCUCUCUCUCUCCCCUCCCCCCCCACCCCUCCAUAGGCCAUAAUUUUAAUUUCCCCUUUGAAAUCUUCAUUUAUAAUCCGGGGAUGUGCAGUGAGUCCUUAGGAAGUCAAUUCGCUUCUUCCCCAGACCGUCCCUACUGUCCGCGCAGGCAAAGGGCCAUUGUUACAUUGUUACAUUGAAGGUUGGGGGAUAAAGAAAGAUGUUUCUCUGUGGCCAAGUGUAGAGCAGCGGUGCCUGCAGUAGCUUCAUUAAAUCCCUGGUGCUGAGUGGAGGGUUUUGGUCUGUAUGUUCCUCCUUGACUGAAACAGCUCACAGGCUUUGGGGGGAGGGGGGUAAGCGAGGCCCCCAAGGCCGUUUCCUUGAAUAUCUCUUUUGGAUCUGGGUUCCUGAAUUCAGUGGCUGCCUUUGCCAGAGUGCACACAUGUCGCAAGAAGCCUAGGCAUCCUUUCUGUUUCAGAUUUAGGAAAACCAUUGCCUCUAGAAAUGGCGUAUUCACUUUUCUGCUGCAAAGUAUUGUCUUUCUCGAAAUUGCUCGCACCCAGGCAUUUUGAGAUCUGAAACUUUUGGUUUGGUCACAGUCUCUUUGCAAACGACCGUAUUUCCUGAAAAUGAAGCACCAGGCAUUUUGAGAUCAGAGGCUUUUAGCUAUAGCUUGACUUGUUAUAUCAGCAUGGUAUGCAUUAGAACCAGUGUCGGUCAUACCCCUCAUUCAUUCUGCCAUAGACACUGCUCGAGCUUUUAAUGCCUAAUAACUUCUUCACAUUUGGUUUUUGCCUUUUCAACCACCAAGGUCUCUGUCAACACCUGCCUCAUAUCAGGGUCUGAUACAGCUUCGUUCACAGUGGAGCCAAUCUUUGUAAUCAGUGAAGGCUUCUCCAGAGCCUUGUAUAAUCUUUGUGAAUGAGGUGGUCUUUUUCCUGGGCCCCUCAAUUGUCACAAGCUUUGAAAACCACUAAGGAACAUUGUUCCAUAGUGACACUAUGAAAUUGAGUCUGUUUCUUGUCUGUCACUACUGCCCUUCAGCCAGCAACUGUAGGGCUGAGGUGGGUUGGUUCAGAUAGCGACCGUUGGAGCUGCUGCCUGUGGCUCCAGGGACUACAGAAAAGAAUGACAGGGAAAUCAUACACUGAGUGACUGAAGCAAGGCAAACUCCAACACCUUUGUGUUUGCCUUUAGCUCUUUUAUACCCCAAAUUCUCUAAAAUCAUUCACCACAAAACAUAUUCAAAACACAGAUUAAAAUCACUACACAGACGGAAAUUACAGCGGGAUUUUUGAUUACAUAUUCUUCUUUAGGAACGUCCACCUAACUCUACAUUCCUCAUCUGCCUUUCUCUCCACAAGUUCAUGGUCACCCAAAGCAAUAAUCCUCUUGUCAUAGAUUAACAAGCUUAAACAGGCCAAGUUGAGAGUAGUAGGAUUCUCCCCAAGAUUCUCCCCAAGCUUAGCUGGUAACAUUGUAUUUAUUAAGGAACAGGUCAUCUCCCCAUACUUAGCUGGUAACAUUGUAUUUACUAAGGAACAGGUCAUCAACACAUGCUUAGCUGGUGACAUUGUAUUUACUAAGGAACAGUCCUCGUCGUCUGUCUCGCAUCUUAUUUUUGAAGCCUUGGUCAGCUAGACUGGCUAGUCAUCUGCUCUCGGUUCUUACUGCACAGUGAAGUCACCAGCCCUUUGUUCAUGACCUUCCCUCUCCUGGUGCACACAGAAGCCUGUGGCCCAACCCGUUGGUCACAAGAUCAGGGAACUCAGGCCCAACCUGGAAUGAAUGUCUCGUUUGAUUGCUACCUUGUCCCAAGGCCAUUUUCUCCUACAGUCACCUGCUUGUAGCACCGAGGGCUCACUGGCCACCUCACCUGUGCAGCCUAUGAGGAAGGGCCACACUCUAUCCCUGAUUCGCACCUUAAACUCUCUAUCACCUACUCUUAACUUCCCAAAACUACCUUAAAUCAGAAAUUCCAUAAAAUCAUCAAUUCAUCUAUGAACAGCACUAUCUCAAGAAUGUUCACCAUCUUGUUGACGAGCAGGAAACUUGCCCAACAGAGUGGGCUGUCACCCAGGAAGUAGUCACACCAGGCUAUAGAGGCAGUGUGUGUGUGUGUGUGUGUGUGUGGGUGUCUCCCCGAGCCCAGUCACAUCACGUCAAGUAUGAGGGAUAUAGCAAUGAGAAACCCGAGCCCACACAUCAGUAACAAGAAGCAACAACAAAGCCCCUGGGGCUGGUCAUCUCCAGGGCACACCCAUCGCAGCCAAGCAAAGCGGUGGGCCAUCUCCAGGAAGCUCACUUGCCCACUGCAGCUCUUCCCGAGUGGGGCUCACCAUCCCUCGGAGGAAAGAAUCCUAAUCCGGAGCUCCUCGCCCGCUGCUAAGGUGAGAGCUGCCAGGCCAGCCGCCUCUGAUGUCCUCAGCAAAGGGACUGGAUGGCUGUGUUAUGACAGGACAAGCAGAGGGACAGCACAUUCUUAAGCUCCCAUGGUCACUUGUGUUGAUCUCCGUUCACGGUAAACAGGAAAACACACCCAAAGACCAAACAGGCAAACUUUCUACUGCAGCCAUAAACGGUGCCAGGCGUCUGCCUCCAGCACCUUCUGUGAGACAGGGUGUCACUGUGUAGAGCAAGAGAGCCCUGACCUCGCGCCAACUUCCUUUCCUCCCAGCUGCAGAGCCAAGCAUGAGCCAACCAUGCCUGGCUUCGCCCUUGGUCUCUCUUAGGCUGACCCAGUUCUUCUUCUAUACCUUUUUCUUUGUGGCCGGAAAGGAUUGGUUUGGCCGGGGUGGGGGUGGGGGUGGGGGGUGGGGGUGGGGGGUGUCCCUCUGAAGAGAAAAGGAACAGCAUCCUCCACCCCAGAUCUAACCCACUCUGAGGAUUGGUGAAUACAGAGCGUUUGCCCUUAAGUGGUGUUUCCUGAGCAACAGGGAGGCCCACCCUCCUCACACCCGCAGCCCUUUUGUAAGCCCAGCUUGGGCAUUGCUUAGAGGGUUUAUGGGUGACUCUGGCAUGCACGGUUUUACUUGUGCAACAGUGCAAGCACCAACAUGAGUGUGCGGUGGCACACUCCUCUUGUGAAAAGCCAAAAUUCUUCCUGUUGCUGGCCACUUCUUCCGGAGGCUGGGCCUCCCUCUCAUCUCUGUCUGUUGAUUAGAAGUGGCUGAUGGUGUCCAAUGAGAGCAGAGCAACCUUCCCAUGGAAGGGGCACCUUGCGGUGCUGGUGCGAAUCCCUCAUUUUCUAUGUUCUUCUCUCUAGUAGGUCUCAAGCAGAGACAGAUAUUUUUGUUUUAGAGAUUCCAAAGUCUAUAUUUUUAGUGUAAGAAACGCACCCUUCUCCACACUUCAUGACGUAAAUAGAACGGGGAAUAAAGUGUCCCGCUGUGAUUACCCCAUAGCAGUUUAUGUAUGGUAGAAACAAGGCCCCUUCUCCAGUGUGUCUGUGGCCCAGGGCAGGUAACUGUGACAGUGUAUGUCUGAGCCUCUGCCUGCCCUCACUGUGUGUGCUCAGCUCUUUGGGUGACAAAUAAAGCCCGUAUUAUAAA